UAGGUGUAAUUAUAGAUUAUAGGGGGCUUAUUUCAUUUUAUUCUCGUUUUCCUUUCCUUUCCUUUCCUUUCCUUUACUUCUAGGCUUUCUUCCUUUGGAAUAUGUACCAUGUAUGUACCUUAUGAAAUGGGGGUGGACUUGCGUUUGUGGCGUGGCGAGCGGGAUUCUGUGUACGAGUUUGUUUGCUACCUAUCAUACGAGUGGCAGCGAUGAAUCCUGUCCGGGUUUGGCGCGAGGGUUUCCCUCGCUGAAGCGGACCAUCUCAAACAGCCUCACUCACGCCUUGCGGGCCGGCACCGGUACUGUAGCUGAGCACAUUGUCUUAUCGACGUCUAAGCGGAUGCCUAUCUGCGAGCCCGGUCCCGGUCAGGUCUAUCUACACAAAACUGAUGGUAUUGCAGUAGUAGUGUGGGAUUGAGGGUACUGUGGCGAGGAUGUGGCCUUGUACUGGGUGCCGGGUGCCGGCGUAAGUAACGAGGAGAGAUGGUUCGAGACU